GUUCACAUUUCUCACGGCAAAAUGUUUCGCUUUGACUUCAUUAUAUUGGCGCAUUGUGUUUUACUUUUUCAAAUCAGAUUUUGCGUCGGCAAGGAUAAUGAGGCAAGUAAAAUCUGCGAUUGCAAUUGCAAUUGCGUUGUGAACAUAGGUUCCGCUAUAAAAUACCUGAAAGGUGGGCAAAAUACUACAGAACUUCCGGAGUUACCUGAGGGCAGCGCUUCAACACCAACCGAACACCCUUUACUUGAGAGCAGCGCUUCAACACCAACCGAACACCCUUUACUUGAGAGCAGCACUUCAACACCAAACGAAGAUCGGUCACUUGAGAGCAGCGCAUCAGUACCGUCUAGUUGCAUGGAAGCAGCAGCAAUCAACUUGAAGAGUGGCGUUUAUAAAAUUAAGAUAGAAAAGUAUAAUAUCAACGACUUGGAGGUGUUUUGUGAAGAGGAUAUUGAUUUUGGGGGAUGGCUAGUUAUUCUACGCCGUAAAAGUGAAACAAUAAAUUUUUUUAGAAAAUGGAAAGACUAUAAAAAUGGAUUUGGUGACAUAACCGGAGACUAUUGGAUCGGUUUAGAAAAUAUGCAUGCGCUCACUAGCAGCUGUGAACAAGAGUUGUAUGUGUAUAUAAAACGACUUUCCGGUAAGGUAUACUUUGCAAAAUAUUCAGAGUUCCGUAUUGGUAAUGAGUCGGAGAGCUAUGCUUUAACGAGAUUAGGUAAAUAUAGCGGCAAUGCUGGCGAUUCCUUAACCAAGCAUUUAGGAAAGAAAUUUUCAACGUGUGAUCGCGAUAAUGAUGAUUCUGAAAGGAAUUGUGCAAAAGUGCAUAAGGGUGCUUGGUGGUUUCACAAAUGCUAUAAUAGUCACCUAAAUGGAGUCUACCCACGCGGUAAAUAUGGUGUGAACUGGAAUCACUUAAAAAAAGAGGAGCCUCUAUUAUAUGCGCAAAUGAUGAUACGACCAACCCCAAAUUUAUGGAGACAGUUAACGUUAAGCAAUGAUUUUAGAUGUAUCUAAGAAAAUAAUCCAUUUUAACUAUAUGCAUUAUUAACUAGCAUGUCUAUUUUAACCAAUUAUAAAUUGCAAUA